AACCCCUAUGCCUCCCAGGGCCGGUGCCCCAUUAUCAUUUUCUCCUCUGCUUGCUGUACAUAAUUUUUCAUCGUGUUAAUAUGGAUGUACAUGCGGGUUGAAUCCUCCGAGACUGGCCAGCUUACUGUUCUCCGAUGCGGAGGAGGCGUUUGUAAGCCUUCCACGUUCGACUUCAAAUGGCGCGCCCCGACAGACGCAUCAAUCUCGCAGUCGCCCGGGCCAUCCCGCCAAUAUUACUGUGUAUAGUUGUCUAUGCAUGCUAUGUCGUUACUAGGCCAUUAUGCAGUCGACUAUCUGAUCCGCCCUCUUCCCAAAUACCACCGCGGCAGUCGCGUGGGCGCUGGUGCAGCCAUCCUUGUCGUGUUCUACCUUCUCAUUACAAUCGUUAUCACCACCUAUCUCCGCUUGUUGUAUAAUGUCUCCCGCGACCCCGGCCUCCUCCCGCGAGCUUCUCCGCCGACGAAGGAAGAAACAGCGACGGAACCUUCGGAUCGCCGUCAUCGGAGGAACGGAUGCCGUCCGACACCGCAACAGACCGAAAAAUCAACGUCAUCGGACGAAGACGUCGAAGGGGGCCUUGGACACAACGCCGAGGGAGGCGCAUUCCCAUUGGAUACAUCUGGAUUGGAAAAGUUCUAUACCAAGGACGUGUUUGUUUGUCAGGAUGAUGGACGACCGUUGUAUUGCUCCACAUGCUGUAACUACAAGCCAGAUAGAGCACAUCACUGCCGGGAGGUUGAUCGAUGCGUGCGGAAGAUGGACCACUUUUGCCCUUGGGUAGGAGGUGUCGUCUCGGAGACAUCUUUCAAGUUCUUCAUUCAAUUCGUAUUCUACAUCCUAAUUUUUUGCGCUUUUAGCCUGAUCAUCUGCGCGACCUUCACUGCCGAAAUUAAACGAGAGACUGGUGGAGCCAACGUUCACCUGGCCAUUGGUAUUGGACUGAGCUCUCUAUUCGGCCUUUUCGGCCUUGGCAUGACACUAAGUUCCGUUCAACUUGCCAUGCUGAACCUAACCACGAUUGAAAACCUCAAUCGUCGAUCCGCAGUGUGGACCUUGGCCAUCCGCGUGCCUAGCCACAUGCUCUCCCGACUCAACCCUGAGUCGCGGUGGGCUCCGACGUUCCGCACCAUCACCUACCCCCUACCCCCCGCACCUCUUAACCCGGAGGCCGCAGGCGAAUACCAACCGCCUGGAGAGCAACACGUCUUCGCCAUUCUCCAGACUCUACCGGGUGAGAACCCCUUCGACCUCGGCAGUUCUUUCCGGAACCUCCAGCAGGUCCUGGGAUAUUCCGUCCUCGACUGGUUCCUCCCUCUCAAGCAAAGUCCGUGCGCGGAGCGUAAAAACACAGAAAGCUUCUUCGAACUCGGACCGGUGGUAUCGCGACUGAAGAAGGAGGCUGGGCUAAACCCAGCCUAACAACAGUACACACGGGGAGCAUAAACAGAGGAAGACGGAGCACACAUAGACGAUCGCAGGAGUAAUGCAUGCAUGUUGGUUGAUCCAUAGACGCAUUGCACAUGCCGAGACGUAUCAUUAAUCCUGGCAGAUACAGCCAGUCUGUUAUCUGGUCCCGCGCGCUGGUCUGAUUCAUUUAUCUAGAUUCGCUCCUGUUCUUUUUUUUUUCUUGAUUAGACUGGACUGUUGGUCAUGUCUGGAGUUACGGUGCAUACAUACAUAGGUACUAAUACGG